CCCUACUUUAAAGAUUUAGCGGCACUAGCAUUGUUAAUAGUAGUAUAGUAAGAACUGCUGUGAAUUAUAAUAUACUUUGGGCAGUUAUUCAUGUUUAAGAAGCACAUUUGAUUUUUCUAUGCUAUUUCAUUGAAUGAGUGAACAUUGAUAAAAAAAAAAAUGGAUGAUGCCCUUAAUGCACAUUUACAAGCAUUUGUUAUUGACAGUAAUGAAUCGUUGGAGUUACGAUUAGUUCGAGAAAUUCAAGAUGUUGACGACGAGAAAACAAUAUUCAAGCCAGAAAUGUCUCAUCAAGUUUUUGGCGAAAGUGAAACUAUAUUCGGAUACCGAGAUUUAAAGGUAAAGCUGUAUUAUUCUGCUGGAUGUUUGGAGACAUAUUUAGGAAUAGACUACACCAGUAAAUUGAAGGAGACAACUGAUCAAAAUGUCAAAGCUGAUGAUGUUUUACAAAUGCUGUCUAAUUUUCUUUCAUCACCUGUUCAUUAUAGUCUGGACUCAUUCUUCUCUUCUCUGGUCAAGGAUGAUACUUUCGUACCGGCGGGUGAAUUGAUACAAGCACAUUAUGUGAAAGGUAAUAACAGCACAAGAAAAUUUGAAGUGUAUAAAGCACAUAUGGGUGAUAGAAACUUUAAAGAAUAUCAUAAACGAAUGCAAACGUUCAUUUUAUGGUAUAUCGAUGCCGCUAAUUUUUUGGAUGUUGAUGAUGAUCAGUGGCACUACUUUAACAUGUUUGAGAGGUACGUUUCCGCCUCAGGUUCGGUUCGUUAUGCAACCGUUGGUUUUGCAACAGUUUAUCAGUAUUAUGCAUACCCAAAUCAUACGAGACCUCGGAUUGCACAAGUUCUGAUUUUGCCACCAUUUCAAAACAUUGGUCUUGGAGCUCAGUUAUUACGAGCUAUCUAUGCCGAUUACAUAGGACGAAGUGAAGUCAAAGACAUAACAGUUGAAGAUCCCUCUCCUGGUUUUCAACGUUUGAGAGAUUACGUCGAUGCAACAAACUGCAGCACGUUACCUAGUUUUCAAAAACAUUGUCUACUUCAAGGUUUCAAUAAAACGAUGACUAUAGAAGCAAGAGAUAAUUUUAAGAUCAAUAAGAGACAGGCACGCAGGGUUUAUGAGAUUUUAAGGUUGAAGGUAACGAACAUUUCCAACGAGACAGAAUAUCGUGAUUAUAGGUUAAAUGUGAAAAGAAGACUUAAUAUUCCUCUCAAACGAGAACAACGUGGAUUGAAAAACAUUGAACUAUCAUCGAAAGUUUUGAAUCAAGGAAGUGAAUUUGGACCAGAAUAUUACAUGGAAAUUCUCGAAAAAGAAUACCGUCUGUUGGAAGAAGAAUAUGAUAAAGUCAUAAAAAGAAUGGAAAAUUCUGCACAACUGUAAUAUAAAAAAAUUAUAAUACUCACUUUUUUUUUGAAGAACCAAAUUUUAGAUAUUCAAUUUGUUUUUAUACGAGUGUAUAUACAUUAGAAUAUGUAACAUUCACACGGCUGCACACACUUUUGUAAGAAAAAGGGAUUUUUGUAAAAAUAUAUUGAUAUAUGCAUCCAUUAGUUAA